AUGGCACUUUCUGAAUCAGAAAGUGUAGCCUAUGGCGGAAUCAAAACAGGAUCACUGGUACAAGCACUGCAAUCACCGCAUAAGGAAUCAACACCGGAUCACUCCAUUUCUUCCUUAAACAAACAGAAUUCCAUUUUCUCACUUACACUUGAUGAAAUUCAACUUAAGAGUGGGAAGACUUUUGGGUCCAUGAAUAUGGAUGAAUUCCUUGCCAACUUGUGGAAUGUCGAGGAAAACCAAGUUCCAUCACAACUCAACCAAAAUGAACCUAUCAGUGACAAAGGAAUGGGCAGUCAACCAACUCUAGCACGACAAGGCUCUUUUUCCAUCCCUACCCCACUUUGCAAGAAAACAGUGGAUGAGGUAUGGUUUGAGAUACAGAAAGAGCUACCACAGCAGCGAAAAGCUAACAACAUUACUGAUCAUGAACCUCCUCAGCGGCAACAAACAUUUGGAGAGAUGACUUUGGAGGAUUUUCUCAUCAAAGCAGGAGUUGUUCAAGAACCAUCGGGAUCUUCCCAACGAAAGAAGGUGACCCCUGUCAUCCAGACCAAUGGCACAAGUUUGGAUGCAAACUAUGGAAUUGGGCAUGUGAUAGGAUCUUCUCAACAAAAAAUGGUGACACCAAUUCAAAACAACAAUGCAAGCUUGGACGCAAACUUCGAAAUGGGACGACAUGUGAUGGGGCUAUUCCCAGGUCACCAAAUUGUCGCCAACAACUUGGCAACAGCAGGAAAUGGUUACGCAGCAGCAUAUCCUAUUUUCACAGGGUCUAAAAUUAUUAUGGGGGAAUCUUCAAAUGGUGCCGAAAAUGGGAAUGGUACUAAUAGUUUGUUAGAGCCUGCUGUGCUACACAACAAGAAGAGGAUCAUAGGUGGUCCACCGGAGGUGGUAGUGGAAAGGAGACAGCGCCGCAUGAUUAAGAAUCGAGAGUCAGCAGCAAGAUCUCGAGCAAGGAAACAGGCAUAUACAGUGGAGUUGGAAUUAGAGUUGAAUCAGCUCAAACAGGAGAAUGCAAAGCUAAAGCAGCUUGUGGAGGAAAAUGAGCAAAGGCGAAAGCAAGAGGUUCUUAAGAGAAAGCAAGCAACACAUACACAAAGGAAGGUUGACAGGAUGAGGACAUUAAGGAGAACAGUGAGCUUGGGAUGGUGAACUGAUUAAAGAGAACCACAGUGCUGAGCUUCAUUGGGCAGUUUGUCUUAUGUAUGUCUAAAUAAGAGUGUCUCCAAAUCUAUUACAGUAUUAGUGUCCCUCUUAUGUUUUUUUCUUGAAGGGAGUAUGUGAAUAAAAUUUA